AUGGAUUCCACCAACAAGAGCGACRGUAAUAUAUGGACUUGUGUCUUGAACGACUAUCCUUUCUUUGGAACAAGAGAUUUUCAAAACAGUUUYACCYCUUACACUGCUCUCUGCGUUUCUGCCAUUGGAGUGUCUCUAAUCGCAAUCCUGAGCAACAUUCUUCUGAUUAGCGCCAUAUUGAUUACACCCUGUCUUAAGACACCGUCCUAUGCACUCAUAGCCUGYCAGGCAUUMAGUGAUCUUCUGAUGUCUUUGUAUUUAACCACCUUUGUCGCUUUUCUAGUGUUUGGGAUGACGGACAUGCUACAUGAAGCAUGCUUUUUCUGGGAACUGUCUACAUUUCUCGUARUGUUCGCCACAUGUGCCACGAUUCUAAGUUCUAYGUUUCUGAGCAUCGAUAGGUAUUUGGCUGUGUACUUGGGUAUGAGAUACAAAAGUGUAGUUACAAUGAAGAGAGUGCGUAUUGUGAUUGUACUAGUUUGGCUGUCUGCAUUCUUUAYAUCAACGCUGUAUCAUUUCAUCYUGAAAAACCUUGUUGAAAAGCCUAUUGUUAUGCUUUCAUUUGGGAUGGUGUUUUUUGGUGUUAUAUCCUUUUGCUAUAUUAAUGCAUUUAGACUCCUUACCAAGCAUUCUAUAAAACCGCCACCAAUUGCCUUAAAGUCUAUCGAGGAGAAGCAAUCCGGGUCAUCUGGAAACCACACAGAAGCCAGAUCCAACUCCUCUACUUCAAGAUUGCAAUGGAACAAGUACAGAAAAAGUAUAUGGACAUUGGUCAUCAUAGAAGCAAUCUUUGUGAUGUUGGGUUUACCAAUUGCCUGUGCGUUCGUGAACAUGCUAGUCGAUGGGGACAGUCUUUACAACACACGUUUCCUCGUUUUUUCUAAUUGUAUCUGGACUCUUGGAUCGGUAGUAAACCCUUUAAUGCAUAUCUAUCGAAUGAAUGAUGUUAGGCAGGCUUGUCGGUCAGUGCUGAGGAAACUCGGAUCAAAAAUACAUGUAUCCUCUUAA